AUGAAACAUGACUCCUUAGGGGUGAGCAGUGUCAGUGAAAGGUUAGCAGGACGGAACCUUUGAGUACUUUGAGGGCUGCAACAAAGGGAGAGGCAGCAAAGAGGUUACGAGAAAAGGAAAAUUGUUAAAGCUCAAAAGCGUUUUCGAUUGGAAUUUGUUCUUUCGACGAUGUCUGACCAACAAACUUGCCAAACAUCUCUAAGGAAAGCGUCCGCCAACAAGAACAUCAAGAAGCGUCGCACCCUAAACACGGUUUGUGGUCUGGCGAACAGUUGGCAGCGGUGGGUUUCUGAGAAUGAGGCGAAGCAAGCUGCAGAGCCUAGUGGAUGGUGUCCAUCAUGGAUGGGAGAACCAACAGAGGUACCCAAAAAGACUUGGAUCCCGAAGAAGUCCAUUGCAAGGCAGAAAAAAGAAGAUUCUCAGAAUCAAGCAGUUGCUUCUAAAGGUGCACCUGAAACUGAAAGAGUGAAGCAAGAUCAAAUCAAGGCUGAAGAUGACAACAAAUCAGAGGUACCGCUGAUUUCAUCCGCUAUCAAGACAAAGUUGGUGGUGAAGACUGUGACCAGCCACCCGCAAGAAAGAAGUGCUGGAAUUAAGUUCCUGACUAACAGGAUUGAGAAAGAGGCUCAACCAUCGAACGAGGACAUAGACAGGUUGCUAAAGACAAGACUCUCACCAACAUGCCGCAGAAAGUGUACCAACAUGGUCUCAUCACUAACCCAAAGCUGGAAGGAGAUAGAGAAUGAACAGAGGCUUCAAAAAGAAGGUGCUCAAGAAGACGAUCAGCUUGUUGGUGACGCCGAUGCACAGGAUGCUAAAUUUGAAAGACAGGCGGUAAACAUCAAGGACGAUUCUGAAACAUCGCAGACCAACUCAAAGAAAACCUUCGAUGCAGAGUCGCCAGUUAGAAUCAAAAGGCCGCAAGUUUUCAUGUCUGGAAAGGAAGCUGUUGACGCCAAUAAAAUCUGCGCUCGCUCCAAGAAAUACAGCCCUGUUGGGAAUCUCAAGAGCCGCUGGCAGAACUGGGCCUCGGAACACACGGAUAACCAAAAAAUAAACCCCUUCAGUGAAAACUUUGACUAUGACUACUCCAUGUCCCUACGCCUCCAAAAAGGCCAGGAUGGUUACGGACGCCCCAAGGAGGGGACAAAAACUGCAGAGCGAGCAAAACGUGCUGAGCAACACAUCCAUCGGGAGAUUGACGAUAUGUGUUACAUAAUCAGGAUUAUGGCUGACCCAGACGCAGAUGGGAAGACCAGGAUUGCAUUUGGAGAACUGUUUGAAAGAUAUGUCCGGAUCUCCGAUAAGGUGGUGGGGAUUCUAAUGAGAGCCCGGAAACACGGGAAAGUCCACUUUGAAGGGGAAAUGCUGUGGCAAGGACAGGAUGAUGGAGUGAUCAUUACUCUGCUAGUAUAAUUUUCACAUUUGACAGUCCCUCCAGGAUUCCACGAUGUCACGAUCGCAUCAAUUCAUGCAAUUUUAAGUAUUCUUGCAACUUUGUCCAAAAGCUGCAACUUUCCCACACAUUUUGGCCAAUCAGUUUCAUUUUCGGCAAUCGAAUUUGAUUCAAUUCAAACCCGCAAGUCAUUUGUCUAAUUAAAGCCAAUGUUAAUUUUCUUGUGUAGACAAAGCAGGAACAAAAACUUUUAACAAAAUAUCAACUUUUUAUUGCUCAAACAGCACAAUUGUCCUACUCUUUUGUAACUAAGACCUACUCACGGUUCUUGUCUACGGCUCCAGGCGUUUUGGGUAAUGAAGUACAUGAACAUUUACCAUAUUUUCUAGACUAUAAAACGCACUUACAAUCUUUUUUACCCCCUCAAAACUCAACAGUGCACCUUAUAACCCGGUGUAACUAAUGUACGAAAUUAUUCUGGUUUUGCUUACCGAACUUAAAGCUAUUUUUUUUUUGGUACAUGGUGUAAUGUUAAGUAUGACCAGUAGAUGGCAGUCAAACAUAAGAGAUACAUGUAGACUCCAAUAUGAUGGCAGUCACACACAGGGGACACAUUUCCGGUAGAUGAGGAGAUCCUGCUUCGUUAUUGAUUUACGUAAAUUCUGAAUGUCAUUAAAACAGUUAGCUCCAUCUUUUGACACUUCUUCCACUCCCGUCCUUGCACGCUACACUGUUACAACCAAGAUGACGGGGAGAAAGCGCUGCCGAAGGUGAGCCACGUAAAUAAAAGUGGCAUGAAGAUGAUCUGCAAAACAUCAUCUAGGCAACAUUUUGUCCAAAGAACCACCAAUACAUGUUAUGUAGACCGAAAGGAAUUGUUUUACAUCUAGAAAAAAUAUAUAAUAGUAUGACUCCUUUAAUCCAUCCAUCCACCUUCUUCCGCUUAUCCGAGGUCAGGUCGGGCUUGCAGCAGCCUAAGCUGGGAAGGCCAGACUUCCUUCUUUCCAGUUGCUUUGUCCAGCUCUUCCCGAGGGAUCCCGAGGCGUUCCCAGGCCAGCCGGAAGAUAUAGUCUUACCAACUUGCCCUUGGUCUUCCCCGUGGUCUCCUACCGGUCGGACGUGCCUGAACCAGAUGCCAGAACCAGCUCAUCUGGCGUCUGUUGAUGUGGAGAAGCAGCGACUUGCCGGGAGUAUAGAGCUGGUCCACAGUUCCACGACCAGGACGAAAACCACACUGUUCCUCCUGAAUCCAAGGAUCGACUAUCUGGCGCAGCCUCCCCUCCAGUACACCUGAAUAGACCUUACCGGGAAGCCUGAGGAGUGUGAUCCCACGAUAGUUAGAACACACCCUCCGGUUCCCCUUCUUAAAGAGAGGAACCACCACCCCGGUCUGCAAAUCAGGAGGUAACGCCCCCGAUGUCCACGCGAUGUAGCAGAGUCUUUGUCAACCAAGACAGCCCCACGGCAUCCAGAGCCUUAAGGAACUCCGGGCGGACCUCAUCCACCCCCGGGGUCUUACCACCGAGGAGCUUUUUAACUACCUCAGCAACCUCAGCCCCAGAAAUAGUAGAGCCCACCACAGAUUCCCCAGGAACUUCUUCCUCAUAGGAAGACGUGUUAGUGGGAUUAAGAAGGUCUUCGAAUUAUUCCCUCCACCUAUCCUCAACAUCGGCAGUCGAGGUCAGCAGAACACCAUCUGCACCAUACACGGUGUUGACAUUGCACUGCUCCCCCUUCCUGAGGCGGCGGUGGUGGCCCUGAAUUGCUUCGAUGCCGCCCGGAAGUCGUUUUCCAUGGGUCCACCCCAGGUCCCGACUCUGGUCAGCCAGCACUUCAUCCAUGGCCACUGGACCUGUUCCCCUUUAAAAAAAAAUGUUUUCAAAAGAAAGAACAUCAAUCAUCAACAAACUACUGGAGCUUCUGUUCCAGACACGUUCUAAAGAAACAUUCACAUUUUGACGUCUGGCCCCUGAGACAAUUGGACUCUUAAAACGGUGACCCCCUUCAUUAUGUACAAACCCUGUUUCCAUAUGAGUUGGGAAAUUGUGUUAGAUGUAAAUAUAAACGGAAUACAAUGAUUUGCAAAUCCUUUUUAACCCAUAUUAAGUUGAAUAUGCUACAAAGACAACAUAUUUGAUGUUCAAACUGAUCAACUUUUUUUUUUUGCAAAUAAUCAUUAACUUUAGAAUUUGAUGCCAGCAACACAUGACAAAGAAGUUGGGAAAGGUGGCAAUAAAUACUGAUAAAGUUGAGGAAUUCUCAGCAAACACUUAUAUGAACAUCUCACAGCUGUGCAGGCUAAUUGGGAACAGGUGGGUGCCAUGAUUAUGUAUAAAAACAGUUUCCCAAAAAAUGCUAAGUAAUUCACAAACAAGGAUGGGGCGAGGGUCACCAAUUUGUAAGCAAAUUGUCGAACAGUUUUAGAACCACAUUUCUCAACGAGCUAUUGCAAGGAAUUUAGGGAUUUUACCAUCUACAGUCCGUAAAAUCAUCAAAAACUUUGGAGAAUCUGGAGAAAUUACUGCAUGUAAAUGAUUUUAUUACGGACUUUUAAUCCCUCAGGCGGUACUGCAUCAAAAAGCGACAUCGGUGUGUAAAGGAUAUCACCACAUGGGAUCAGAACACUUCAUAAAACCACUGUCAGUAACUACAGUUGGUCGCUACAUCUGUAAGUGCAAGUUAAAACUCUACUAUACAACGCCAAACCCAUUUAUCAACAAUAUCCUGAAACGCCGCCGGCUUUGCUGGGCCCGAGCUCACCCAAGAUGGACUGAUGCAAAUUGGAAAGGUGUUCUGUGGUCUGACAAGUCCACAUUUCAAAUUAUAUUUGGAAACAGAGGAUGUGUUGUCCUCCAGAACAAAGAGGAAAAUAACCAUUCUGAUUGUUAUAGGCGCAAAGUUAAAAAGCCAUCAUCUGUGAUGGUAUGGGGGUGUAUUGGUGCCCAAGACAUGGGUAACUUACACAUCUGUGAAGCACCAUUAAUGCUGAAAGGUCCAUACAGGUUUUAGAUCAACAUAUGUUGUCAUCCAAGCAAUGUUAUCAUGGACGCCCCUGCUUAUUUCAGCAAGACAAGUGUUACAACAGCAUGGCUUUGUAAAAAAAGUGUGCGAGUACUUUCCUGGCCCACCUUCAGUGCAGACCUGUCUCCCAUGGAAAAUGUGUGGCGCAUUAUGAAGCGUAAAAUAUGACAGCGGAGACCCCGGACUGUUGAACGACUAAAGCUCUACAUAAAACUAGAAUGGUAAAGAAUUCCCCUUUCAAAGCUUCAACAAUUAUUUUCUUCAGUUCCCAAACGUUUAUUGAGUGUUGUUGAAAGAAAAGGUGAUGUAACACAGUGGUGAACAUGCCCUUUCCCAACUACUUUGGCAUGUGUUGCAGCCAUGAAAUUCUAAGUUAAUUAUUAUUUGCAUAAAAAAAAUAAAGUUUAUGAGUUUGAACAUCAAAUAUAUUGUCUUUGUAGUGCAUUCAAUUGAAUAUGGGUUGAAAAGGAUUUGCAAAUCAUUUUAUUCCGUUUAUAUUUACAUCUAACACAAUUUCCCAACUCAUAUGGAAACGGGGUUUG